GCAGCUCAUAUUUCUAACUACCUCCAGGUGGCGUGAGAACUAUGUGACGUGUAAACGUGUCUCCUCUUCCCAUCUCUCGCUCUGUGUCUGCCAAGCUGGAUUCUCCUGACCGGGGGAGAGAGAGAGAGCGUAUCCGCACCUUCACCCAUCGGGCGCUUUGGACAUGUGAGAUGUAUCUGUGCGCUUCUACGUGACGGGUCUCUCCAAACCCGUCUCUGCUUCCGGUUUUAGUCUGGCUGAAAAAAAGGAACGAAUCACAACCAUAAAGGUGAAGCAGGUGACUGGGACACAUCAGAUCCAGAUAUGAGGAAGAGUUUAGACCAGGACUUCCUCUGUGAAGUAUUCGUCCGCCUGCUGCUGCUGGCUGUCUUUUUAGUGACUGAGCAACUGGCUCCAUUUACCCGACAGAUUCAGCCUGAAGAAAUCUGGAUUUACAGGUUCCACCAUGUGAAGAAGGACCACGUUCCUACCUCACUCAUGUUCAGCAUUGCUUUAUUUACACCACUGGCCACCAUUCUGCUUUUUGCAUUCUUGAAAAGAACUGAAAAAGGCGAGCUUAAAGAGGCUUCAUUAGCUGUGACAUUGACUCUGCUCCUGAAUGGAGUUUUUACCAACGCUGUAAAGCUCACUGUGGGCAGGCCACGUCCCGAUUUCUUCUACCGCUGCUUUCCAGAUGGUAAGAUGAACCCGGAGUUUCAGUGCAGCGGCGAUCCGGAAGUGGUCACAGAAGGCAGGAAGAGUUUCCCCAGUGGACACUCAUCAUUUGCAUUUGCUGGACUGGGCUUUACGGCACUUUUCCUGGCCGGGAAGCUUCGCUGUUUCAGCCCGGCUGGUCGGGGAAAAGCGUGGCGACUGUGUACGUUCCUCACGCCUCUACUCUGUGCUGUCUUGAUCGCCGUGUCAAGGACUUGUGACUACAAACAUCACUGGCAAGAUGUGUUAGUGGGAUCACUGCUGGGUUUGACCUUCUCGUACCUGUGUUACCGACAACAUUAUCCAUCACUCACCGAGGCUGAUUCCCAUAAACCCUUGAGGUUCAGAGACACAAUACCCUCAGCACAGGAACGCAAACAAGCCACUGCAGGAUUCCUGUUGCCGAUGUAGGGAUGCCAGUAGCUCAUAAAGUAAUCUUGAUGUGUGUGAUUGAAAUGUCUUCAUUCACAGCCCUUAAGCUAAUGCUGCCAAUAUGUGAGUGUGAGUGCAAGACUUAGGACUCCACAGUUCUGUUUGGCGUUCUUAACAACAUAUAGAAGUAAAAAAAAAAAAAAACAACGUUGUGUAUUAUAGAUAUUUGGAUUUAUAUUGGACAAUGUACAGCCUGAGGUUUCUGCAUCAGGUUUUGGAUAUUUGAUUAAAUAUCAUAAAUGUCUCUCACUCUCUGUGUUUAUACUGGGGUCUAUCAAUAAAAUGUUUGGAAAGUUUGGACUGUG